AUGGGUGAACAAGUCUACCAUGGAGCCCAAGCAUGCUCAGGCACCAACCUCAGGAAAUGCCAGGAUUUGGGAGACUCGAUUCUUCUGCUUCUGGGCAGCUUUAUCAUGCUCAACGUGGGCUUCAACGUGGUCACUCUGCUCUGGAAGCAUCUGAAGUGCUCCCUGCGGAUUCUUUUCCAUCAUUUUUUCCCCAAAGGUGACAGGAGCCCGUGCCCAAGAAUGCUCUCCCGGCUCCACCACCGCAGCUUCCUGCUCGGGGCUGUCAAUCACCUUGACUCUUGGAUACCAGACAGGAAGGACGAGAACCUGUGGAUGCCACCCCCGUGCGGACACGACAGAGCUCCCUCGGAUGCUCCCUGGGAGCUGUGGAAACAGGGGCUGAUGGGCGCUGCGGAAGAUCCUCAGGCCGCAGUCACAAAGAUCCAAGCUGCUUCGUUUCCCAGGCCAGAGACUGCCCCCCAGACUCCAAAGACAAGCAAGCCGGACUCGGCUCCACCCUCUUCACCCCAAGACCGCAAGACUAAGGCAGCAGUUGGCAGUCUGCCCCACGCUCCGGCCCAGGCUGUAACCUUUUCCUCAGCCAGCACCCACGAGCGCCCUGGCACCCAGUCUCAGGCCUCAGAGCGCACUCAGCUCAGGCCUGAGCAUACCUCGGCCCAUACCCCAGCCCUCAGUGAAGCCCCAGAACCAACCAGUGCUUCAUGCCCAGCCCCCACCCCAUCCCAUCCCCCAGCCCAGGUCCCGACCUAUCGUCAGGCCCAUGCCUUGAGUCAGGCCCAGUCCUUCAUCCUGCCCCCUAACCCAGCCCCCACCCCAGCACAGAGUUUAGCCCACAUCUCUGGGCAAAGCUUGUGUCAGGCCCUGUCCUUCAUCCUGCCCCCUAACCCAGCCCCCACCCCGGCCCCCACCCCUGCCCCUACCCCAGCACAGAGUUUAGCCCACAUCUCCGGGCAAACCUCAGCGCAUGCGUUACCUCAGCCCGCAGUCCAGGCUCCUGCAUGUGCCUCCUUCAAGUCCCAAGGCCGUGACCUCGUCCAAAUCCCAGGAUGCGCCCUGACCCACUCCCACGCUGAUGCCCCUGAGCAAACAGCACCUCCAGCCUCAACACGAGCCCCGUUCCAUUCUCUGCUUCCUUCCCAUGCCCAUACCACAGCGCCUAGCCCAGCCUCUGCCCCAGCCUCUGCCCCAGCCUCCAGUGUCCCAGCCCCGGUCCCAGCCCCUGCCUCAGCACGGUUGCAGACCGUGCCCACCACCCAAGCCUCUGCCACCCGGCCUCCCGCUCCCUGUACGCGGGCUAGCUUUGCUCCCAGCUUCUCCACCGGCCGGAUGGUCUACGAUGCCCGCAGAGUGAAGCAGAACCCUCUCCUGAACAACGGCUCUCAGUGCUUCAGGAAGGACGCAAGCAGCCUCUCCAGGACACAGGAGGUGGAGGGCCUGGCCAAUUCUGGCACUGCUGAGCAAACACCAAAGCAGCAAGCUGGGGACAGUGCUGAGCCUCCUGCAGGGUCUAUCCUGGGCUACCUGGAGUUGGGGAACAUGGAAUGGAAGAUCUCAGACAAUGCCAAAGAUAAGUUCCCCCAGCCCAAGACCUUCCCUUACUGCAGCUUUCAUCCUUGCUGCUCUGAGAGGAAAAAUGAUGAGCCCCAGGCCCCAGCCUACCCCAAGAUCCUGGUCUACACCCAGGACACGACUUCUAAACCUUGUCUCCACUCUCCAACCGCGGCUCAGAGCGCACCGCCCGCCAGCCCUUCGCGCUGCACCCUCUCCCUGCCUCUUGUCUCCCCCAGAACCUUCGCUGCUCCUCAGUCUCACCCCCAGAAGCCCUGCAGCUCAGCACAAGCCCCCCCCUUCCUCUCGACCUCUGUGUCUCCUCACACUGUCUCGUCUCCCCACACUGUCUCAUCUCCCCACUCCUCCAUCCCUUCUCAGUUCUCCACCGUUUCCCAAACCUUAAUCCAAGCUCCGAACCCCGAGAACCAAAACCUUAACCAGGGCCUCGGUCUUCAGAAGACGCCAUCCCUUGCCAAGGACUCCGGGGCUCCCAGGACCUGGGGCCUUCCCCAAGAUACAGGCCUCCAGAAGAACCCAAGCCUUACCCCGAGUCCAGGACUCUGCAAGAACUCAAGCCACAACAAGAACUUGGGUUCCUACAAGUUUCCAGCCCAUAUUCAAGAUCCUUUUCUCUGCACAAAUCCAAACAUUCCCCAAGGGUCCUACCUUCAAAAAAAUCUAGAUAUCAAUGAAGAUGCCGGCCUGAGGACUUCCGCUGCUGUUCAGGAUGCCGGCAUCCUUGGGAACUAUCCACCCUCAGGUCUCAUCCAACCUUCCAGCCUCCCCAAAAAUGUAAUAUUUAAUCAGUCAUCUGGCCAGAGGACUUUGAGCUUUCUGCAAGACUCUGUGAUCCACAGGAACACUGCAUCAAGCCAAAACCCUGUAACCAACAAAAAUAAAGAUCUCUGCCCGGCAACUAACCAAACAAAGCCAGACCCCUCUCAAGGUUCCGGAGGUAACAGUGGCCCAAGAGGUGUUCAGCUUCCAGGAGUCUGCAGGGAUGUCGGCCUCACCCCAGCCUCUAGGCCACAGAAGACCCCGUGCUGCACCCAAGAUUCUGAAGCUAACAAAAGCGCAGGGUGCGCCCAGGAAUCUAACGACCCCAAGAGCCCAGGGCUUGACCAAACCUCUUGCCUUCACAAGAGCUCAGGGCUCACACACGUCUCAGAAGACAGCAAGAAUCUAGACCCUAGCCAAGAUUCUGGAAUCUGCAGAGUCCCAUGUUUUAACCAAGACUCUGACUUCCACAAGAGCCGUAGCCUCAUCAAUGCCAAGAAAAGACUGGAUCUUGACCAAGAUGUUGGCAAAGACCCGGACCUUCAGGAGUGCCCAUCAGUGGGUCAAAACCCUGGUCCUCACCAGGCCCCAGCACUUGGCCAAGGCUCUCGCACUAAGCCUCCAGGCCCUACCCAGCAAGCUUGCCCCUGCAAGGACUCAGGCCCCAACGAGAAAGCGGGCUCUGCUCCAGGUACGGACUCUGUUCAAGUCUUGGGUCCACUUCAAACACUGAUGCUGUCAUCUUCCCCAGUGAAAUCCUUUGCAGGUAAGAUGGCUUCUCAGAAGGACGAUGCCAAGCAGCAAGCGUCCUGGACUUCCGUCCCAGUCGGUCAGAGCUCCGGCCCCUCCAAGGCCCAGGUGGCAUCCACUGCCCUGAAAACGUUUUCUGAGGUCCCCGUACUGAUUGAGCUGCAGCCUCCCUCCCGGCCCUUAGGCAGCCAGGACUGGGUGUACCACACUGCAGAUACCGUAACCCCGGCUUGCCAGAAGCAUCGUCAGAUGCCUCCCAAAGCCAACUGGAAGCCCCAUCCCCCUGGUCCAGGUACCCGGAUGGGUCAUGUGGUCUUUGAUUCCUGCCAGAAACCAUUAGUCAACAGCAGGAAGAAGUGUGAAGCUCUGUCUCCCCGGCGUGCGCAGCAAGAGGCACCCAGAAGCUCAGAGGAGGCCAAGAAGGGGGGGUACCAGGGUGUGAUGAGGGCCUUGAGCGAAGAAGGGCAGACGUGCGUCGGGAAUAAAGAGGCGAGAGGCGCGGUCUGCGGCUGCUCGAGGCUCCACCCCAGUGCCGCCAGGGCUAUCAACCGCCACCUUAAAGAGACACCACUGCCCUCCUCUCCUGCACAGCUCUGUGGCCAAGCCUGUCAUCUUCCAGGCUCCAGGGCUGUUUUCUGGGCAAAAAGAAACAGUAGCCACUAG